UCCUCAGUUCCGGUGGCGGCGGCGGCGGUGGCAGGACGGGAUCUGCAGUGAGGUGCAGAGAGCUGUGGCGCAGCCCGGAGCUCCCGCUGUUCCCUGGAGAGCCAUCGACUUAGUGGGAUAAAAAAGGCUCUGAAUCAAUCCCAGGGCCCUGCUGCUGCUGGAGACCACCAUGACGGACUCCAAGUACUUCACCACCACCAAGAAAGGGGAGAUAUUUGAGCUGAAAGCUGAGCUGAACAGCGACAAGAAGGAGAAGAAGAAGGAGGCUGUGAAGAAGGUGAUUGCCUCCAUGACUGUCGGCAAGGACGUCAGCGCUCUCUUCCCAGAUGUGGUGAACUGCAUGCAGACUGACAACCUGGAGCUGAAGAAGCUGGUCUAUCUCUACCUGAUGAACUAUGCCAAGAGCCAGCCAGACAUGGCCAUCAUGGCAGUGAACACCUUCGUGAAGGACUGUGAGGACCCAAACCCGCUGAUCCGGGCGCUGGCCGUGCGCACCAUGGGCUGCAUCCGCGUGGACAAGAUCACCGAGUACCUGUGCGAGCCCCUGCGCAAGUGCCUCAAGGACGAGGACCCCUACGUGAGGAAAACCGCCGCCGUCUGCGUGGCCAAGCUGCACGACAUCAACGCCCAGCUGGUGGAGGACCAGGGCUUCCUGGACACCCUCAAGGACCUCAUCUCCGACUCCAACCCCAUGGUGGUGGCCAACGCGGUGGCGGCGCUGUCGGAAAUAGCAGAGUCUCAUCCCAGCAGCAACCUGCUGGACCUCAACCCCCAGUCCAUCAACAAGCUGCUCACAGCCCUCAACGAGUGCACUGAGUGGGGCCAGAUCUUCAUCCUGGACUGCCUGGCAAACUACAUGCCCAAGGAUGACCGGGAAGCACAGAGCAUCUGCGAGCGGGUGACCCCGCGGCUGUCCCACGCCAACUCUGCCGUGGUGCUGUCAGCUGUCAAGGUGCUGAUGAAGUUCAUGGAGAUGCUGUCCAAGGACCUGGAUUAUUAUGGCACCCUCCUGAAGAAGCUGGCCCCACCACUGGUCACUCUGCUGUCCGCAGAGCCUGAGCUGCAGUACGUGGCCCUGCGCAACAUCAACCUCAUCGUGCAGAAGAGGCCCGAGAUCCUGAAGCACGAGAUGAAGGUGUUCUUUGUCAAGUACAACGACCCCAUCUACGUCAAGCUGGAGAAGCUGGACAUCAUGAUCCGCCUGGCCUCCCAGGCCAACAUAGCCCAGGUGCUGGCGGAGCUGAAGGAAUACGCCACGGAGGUGGAUGUGGAUUUUGUCAGGAAGGCGGUGAGGGCCAUCGGCCGCUGUGCCAUCAAGGUGGAGCAAUCGGCCGAGCGCUGUGUCAGCACCCUGCUGGACCUCAUCCAGACCAAGGUCAACUACGUGGUGCAGGAGGCCAUCGUGGUCAUCAAGGACAUCUUCCGCAAGUACCCCAACAAGUACGAGAGCGUGAUCGCCACGCUCUGCGAGAACCUGGAUUCCCUGGACGAGCCUGAGGCCAGGGCUGCCAUGAUCUGGAUCGUGGGGGAAUACGCCGAGCGCAUCGACAACGCCGACGAGCUGCUGGAGAGCUUCCUGGAGGGCUUCCAUGAUGAGAGCACCCAGGUCCAGCUGCAGCUGCUGACAGCCAUCGUGAAGCUGUUCCUGAAGAAGCCCACGGAGACGCAGGAGUUGGUGCAGCAGGUGCUGAGCCUGGCCACACAGGACUCGGACAACCCCGACCUGCGGGACCGUGGGUACAUCUACUGGCGCCUGCUCUCCACGGACCCCGUGGCCGCCAAGGAGGUGGUGCUGGCGGAGAAGCCGCUGAUCUCAGAGGAGACGGAUCUGAUCGAGCCCACGCUGCUGGACGAGCUCAUCUGCUACAUCGGGACCCUGGCCUCGGUGUACCACAAACCUCCCAGCGCCUUCGUGGAGGGCAGCAGGGGCGUCGUGCACAAGAAUUUGCCCCCGCGGUCGGGCUCGACUGAGAUUGCUGAGAGCCCGGACACAGUCCCAUCGGGAGACUCAGCAGCAGAUCAGCCCUCGGUGAUCCCCACCCAGGGGGACCUGCUGGGGGACCUGCUCAACCUGGACCUGGGCCCCCCAGUGAGUGGGCCACCCAUGGGCACCGUGCAGAUGGGCGCCGUGGACCUCCUCGGGGGUGGCUUGGAUGCCCUGCUGCGCAGCGAUGUGGGAGGCAGCCCUGCUAUCGGUGGUGGUGGUGGCACUGCCACACCAGCUCCCCCCACGGCACCCACAAACGUGGGGGCGCCCCUUGGCAGCGGCCUGGGUGACCUCUUCGACCUCACCGGUGGGGUGGGGACCCUCUCAGGAUCCUACGUGGCCCCCAAAACGGUGUGGCUCCCUGCCAUGAAAGCCAAGGGGCUGGAGAUCUCUGGCACCUUCAGCCGCCAGGUGGGCUCCAUCUCCAUGGACCUGGUGCUGACCAACAAAGCCCUGCAGGUCAUGUCUGACUUUGCCAUCCAGUUCAAUCGCAACAGCUUCGGCCUGGCCCCGGCAGCUCCUCUCCAGGUGCAUGCACCUCUGGCUCCCAACCAGUCCGUGGAGAUCUCCCUGCCCCUGAACACCGUGGGCUCUGUCAUGAAGAUGGAUCCCCUCAACAACCUCCAGGUGGCUGUGAAGAACAACAUUGACGUCUUCUACUUCAGCACCCUGUACCCCCUGCACAUCCUGUUCGUGGAGGAUGGCAAGAUGGAGAGGCAGAUGUUCCUGGCCACUUGGAAGGACAUUCCCAACGAGAACGAGACCCAGUUCCAGAUCAAAGAGUGUUCCCUCAAUGCAGAUGCUGUGAGCAGCAAACUCCAAGGCAGCAACAUCUUCACCAUCGCCAAGAGGAACGUGGAGGGCCAGGACAUGCUCUACCAGUCCCUGAAGCUCACCAACGGCAUCUGGGUGCUGGCAGAGCUCCGGAUCCAGCCCAGCAAUCCCAGCUUCACGUUAUCCCUGAAAUGCCGAGCACCAGAGGUGUCCCAGUACAUCUACCAAGCCUAUGAGACCAUCCUGAAGAACUGAGGUGCUGCUGUAGCCCCUCCUCCUCCUCCUCCUCUCGUCCCUCUCCCGCCUGAGGAAGCAGGGCCGGAUCCGUGUGCAUGUCCCUUUCCUUCCUGCCCGGGAAGCAGCCCCUGGGAUUCUCCCAGCAGGGCAGGGGGCCGUCCCCAGCCCUGCAUCCCUGUAGCAAUCCCUGUGUGAGUGAGGCUGUGUUCUCCCUCCAGAUCCCAGUUUCACCCUCCAGCUGGGAGUUUUGGGGGGCUGCUCUCCCACCUCCCAAAAACCCCAGCCCCUGGCUCUCAUGGAGUGGUGUCUGGUGGUGGGUUCAGCAUUCCAAACCCUGGGAAUAGCGGCUGGGGGGCCCAGAGUGCCGUGGGAUUAGGUGGCUCUGGCUGCAGAUCCCCCUGGAGCCCUGGGAUUUGGGGCUGGCACAGGUGGGAAUCAGCUUUGGCUUCUUCCCCCUCUCUCUGCCUCUCUCUGAUUUUGUGCCCUGGUACAGUGGAGUGGUGGGUGAGCCCUUCACAGGGAUCUCCUUCCCAUGGGAGCCCUUCCCGAAGCUCCCAGAAGGGCUGGAGGAUCCCAGAUGUGAGGCUGUACUUGAAGUGCAGCUCAGAAAGGGCUUUUCCAGCCCCUGCCAUGGAGGGCUCUGAGCCUCCCCUCUCCCCCUGCCCAGCCCCACGGCUCCCUCUGCUCCCCCCAGCACCUCUGGGUGCUCCCCUGGGGGUCCCACUGCUCCCUUCCCCCCAAAUCAAGCCAUGGGUCCUCCCCUCCCUCGAAGCAGGAAAUCUCUAAUAUAUGAAAGAUAAAUAUAUUGUAAUGUUCACGGGUUUGAAGGGAAUGUUAAAUAAAGGUGACACUGGCGGGGUGGCCGUGGCCCGCUGAUCCCGAGGGAAGCAGGAUCCUGGAGCUUCCUGCCAGCUCUGAUAAGCCCUGCCUGGGGCCAGGGCCUCUGGCACGGCAGGGCCUGACACAGCAGAGGGACAGGGACACGGGGCCAGUCACCCCCUGGGGACAGGAUGGGCCUGGAGAGCUCUUGGCUCUGCUCCUGGAGCCUCUCAGGCUCCACCAGCGCCAAGCUGGCCUUGUACCCCUACCUGGUGUCCAGUCUGGGUGCUCCGAGCCCCUGCUGGGGUUUGGGACAAGCGUGGGGUCCCCAGGAGGUGCUGCUGGUCCCUGGGGUGGGUGACAGCCCCGGGCAAGGAUGGGCAGCACCACUGAGUCCUGCUCUGGGACACCCCACAGAUCACUGGUGCUGCUCUGGGACACCUCGUGGGCCACCAGCCCCACUCUGGGACCACAGUGCACACCCUGCUCUGGAACCCCCAGUCACAGCAGGGGGGUCACCAGCAGCAGGUCUGGACCCUCCUGGUGCCCCACAACCUGCCCAGCCCUCGGAGCGUGGCCCUGUCCCCCUGGGCCAGCACCCAGGACAGGGGGUGAAGGUCCCUGGCCAUGGGGCACUUUGGGCUCCAGGGACACCUCGGGGGGGUCUCAGUGGGGUACAGGACACUGAGAUCGGCCUCACCCCAGCUCUUCACUGCUCCCACCCCUCCUGGGACCCCAGAGCCCUCCUCCCGUGGGCCUGGGGGUCUGAAUCCCCCUGGACAGAUGAGCAGACAUGGUGGGCUCAGCUCCGUUGGUCUUUACUGGCUGGACAGGACAUGCAGGGCUGCAGGGGUGGGGCCACGGUGGCCUGGGCUGGGGGCACAGCCCUGUCCCACCCUGGGGACAUCAACACGAGCUCUGGGCAGUGCUGGGGCCGGUGGGGGCUGCAGAGGGAAGGUGACCCCUCCUGCCCUGAAACCGGCUGUGGUGACCAACUGCACGUCCCAAAGUCAUCUCAGGGGGGAGAGGAGAGAUGAGAAGGGGGUGAAGGAGAUGAUGAUGGAGCCAAGAAGAGAAGAGGGGAAGGUCAAGAAGAGGAGAAGAAAAGAAUGUGAAGGUCAAGAGGAGAGGAAAAGACAAGAGAAGGAGGAGGCAGCCCAAAAGAAGAAAG